AUGAAUGCACUGUGGCUGCGCACAGGGAGUGGCGCUGAGAUUUCGAGCUUGUCUCUCUUCUUCAACGGAGCAUCCUCCACCGUACGCGCCCCUGCAUUCAAUGGCUCCCGGCGGAGAAGAUCUCUCCGUGUGGCCUCCUUGAGAAGCUAUCUUCCACGUGGUAAGUUUCGCCCACUCAGAUGUAUAUGUAUACAAAUAUAUGUAUAUAUAGAUCGAUAUACGGAUAUAUGCCUGCAAAUUGGAACAUGAAGUUGUGGACCUCCAAAAGUGAUUUUCGGAGGUUACUGCUAUGAUUUUCUGUAAAUUCUUAUUUAUGGCUAGCUAAGGGAUUUUUGGGAUUUUAUGCUUUUCCUAAUGUCGGAACCUUGUCUUGACGGAGAAUAAUGCCCUUUUCCUUUCUGCUCCUUAGGAGAUGAUGUGAUAGGAGAGGACUUGCUGAGGGAAUUUCUGAGAGAGAGGCUUACAUAUGGCGAUUUUAUAUCCAAAGUUUCUGAUAUUCUCUGGAACAAGGGAGCCUUAGGUGAUGUUGAAACAGAAGAAAAUGCUGCCCUUGGAAGUUACCAGAACUCCGUAGAGGUAUGUUGAAUCUUUUUGUGAAAAAUAUUUCUGUAGGACACAUGGAAGACUCUUAUUAAUCAUGAUCUGCGGACCUUCUAUUAGCACGAUCAUUUGGCUUGUAAUCGCUCAUCCAGUCUGUGCAGGUGGACAAAAAUGAAGAUGUUGAUGGAUUUCUAAAGUUGGCUAAAACAAGAGAGUGGAUUUUGGGUGAUGACACCGCUCCACUCAACAAGAGAACGGUUGCAAGGGUCUGAAUUUAGAUGAAUUUCCGUGCACCAUAAUUUUGAUUUUAAAUUAAAUAAUUCUAGAGAGUUGGCAACAUCUCCAACGCUUGAAAGUGUAGAUGCUUUUUCUUGCAGGACUGGAGGAACGAUAGUGAAAAGAGGAGGAAGCUCAACCUUUUGCAAUAUGAAGCUGUAUGGAUCUUUUGUGUAUCUUUGACAACUGGAUUGCUCGAUUAUGAUCUGGAGUUGCCUUGUCAAUUUUUAUUCGUGUGCUAAGAGUUAAUAAUGGUUAUUCUUUUCGAACACUUAUUUUUCUGCUUCCAGCUCAAGAAGGAACUUACUCUUCUAACCAUUGGCAUCGGCACAGCGUGUGGCGGUUAUUGUUUAAUAACCCUGUCGCUUCAGGUAAACCUCUAUAUAUAAACCAUUAAUAUGGCGAAUCUAAGUCAUCACAGUAUAUACUUAUAGAUUGCUCAAACUUCCAGACUCUUCAGAAACUGCGAAUUGGACACCAUUGUUAUUUUUUUUUCUUUUCAAGCAGUGAUGAUAUCGUACGUAUAAAACCUAGCCAAAAAAAAUGUGAUCACGCAUUAAAACCACUUUACAAUACGGUAACUGGCGUAGAUGUGCGAUCCAACAUUAAAACCACUUUAUGCGCCUCUUCAAUGUACCUCACCGCAGUCCAAAUAUCUUUUUGAAACUCUCUUUCAUAGAAAUUUUCAGAACAGCUCAACUGUUACAUAAGAAGACAAAACGUGUUUGGAUUGCUAUUACCUGCAGAAAGGUAGUUUAAAAUCUAGUAUAAUAGAUUUCUUGCUCGUUAUGUCACCAGAUCAAUUUAGUUGUCUUUGCGAUUAAAUCUUUCUCAUCAGACAAUUUAAUACGUCUUUUUUUGAACAGGCUGCUGUAAGUUAUGCUGCUGGUGUUCUUCUCAGGUUGGUUGAGUGACUCGACCCAUUUGGUACAUUGAGGUCAACAGCAAUUACGUUACAAUCCUUUAAAAUAUUGUGUUAAAUAAAUAUUUUACAUGAUGAAUUUUGGUAGUCACUAGAGAUUUGGCAUUCAUUGCUGACCUUUCGAGCUGUCGACUGCGAUUUCAGUGCUUGUGCCAAUGCAUGAUACCAGUUCGUUCUUCUAACUUUCAAAGCAGUUGUUUGUACCUUCAGCUCUUAUCUAGUCACGUGGACAACUUGUCAAAGGAAGCUGUGCCUUCAAUUUUCUUGCAAAAAAAGACAAAAAAGUAGGUUUUCCAGCUGUAUUUUUUUAUUUUUUAAAAAAUGUUUAAAUUUUAUUUUUUAUAUUUUCAUUACCAUUCCAAAAACUUCUUGAAGGCUAAACAUUUUUACUCCUUGUAUGGCUGAAUAAACUAGAAUCGGGAUAAGAAGUGAAGAUCUACAGCGCUCAUUUGAAAGAACUGUAAAAGGAUGUGGAAUGGCUCUCUCAUCCCCCAGGCUAGUUUUCCCUGCAGCAAUCUAUGGUUUAUGGGCUCUGUCAAACCAUUUCUCCAAUGAUUACUUCGAAUUUCAGGUACAUUUCAGUGUUGAUAUUUUAUAUUAGCUCUUCCUAAUUUUGAAUUUUGAAUUAUCUUUUCGUAUUUUUUUUAUUAUUCUGAACUUUUGUUUGAUGGAUUCGUCGGCGCAUGUUAAGGUGCUUAUUUAUGAACACCUAACGUCCCUCAAUAGAGUAACAAAACGGUAAUUUUCCCAAAAAAACGGUAACGUCCCUCAAUAGGUAACUUGUGUGCUCCAUCUCGUAUGGGAGCUCAACGUUUUGAGUGGAAAAGAAAAAAGAUACCGUUUAAAGUUUGACCAAAAUUAGUCAUCCUAGGAUACCGCAUGCUUGAAGAAUUACUUUAAACUGAUUGAUGGACAGUACGGUCCUCAUGUAUGCUACUUUUUGGCUCUCUCUCCCCCCGUCUCUCUCUCCUCUCUUUCUCUCUCUCUCUCUCUCUCUCUCUCUGUAGAUAUAUAUAUAUAUAUAUAUAUAUAUAUAUAUAUAUAUAUAUAUAUAUACUUCUCCCUCUAUCUCUCUAUCUCUCCCUCCCUCUCUCUCUGUAUCUUUCUCUCUCUAUCUAUCUUUCUCGCUCUCUCUCUCUCUUUCUCUUCUCUCUCUCUCUCCAGUUUGAGUUUCUAGCCAAGUGUUGUCCUCAGUGCUUCAGUUCACCCUUCCCCACCCUCACCGUCAAUUUCCCGUCGCGGACCUCAUGGAAAUGUUCCCGAUCAACAUCAGAAAACUUGAUGACCCGAACCAUACAAUCUGACGAAGCUUCUCAAGCGAGUUCCACCCUUCCAAAACGGAGAACUGUAACGGGGCCCCUUUUAUCUACAUACCAUUCCACUGUUCAUGGGUCAGCCUCACUCUUUUGCGACUAAUCUCUCUUGCCCUAAACAGAGCUAGCGUGGACUAAUCUUUGUUUCCCUUAAAAUGGAAUUAGUGGUAGAUGAAGUCGUCAUUACAUCAUGAUUACUAAUUCUGGGCUGUGAACCCUGUACACAUACAUACACAGCUAGUGCCGGCAAUGCUAGGCCUAUUCGCUUAUAAGGCCGCCGCUCUGGUCCAAGUCUACAGAGACAACAAGGAGCUGAGCUUGGUCCUCCCGGAGGACGGCAGCUGA